AUGACUUUCAUUGAUACCAGCAAGGAUCUUCCUACGCUGUUCAGGCAACAAGCGCAAGCCACACCUGAUGCCAUUGCCUUGGAAGACGAAAACGCCAAAUAUACCUAUGCCGAACUCGACAGCCAGGUUGAAUCGCUGGCGAGUCACCUGCGCCUACAUGGUGUCAGUCGAGACUCCCUCGUCGGAGUCCUCUUGCCUCGCAGCGCAUACUACGUGAUUGCCUGUCUGGCUGCCCUGAGGGCUGGCGGCGCGUUUCUGGUCUUGGAGUUGGCAUAUCCAGCGGGGCUCCUGGCCGACGUGAUCGAUGAUGCCAAACCGGCGGCCAUUGUUACACUCCAAAGCCAAGUUCCACGUGUCCAGUCAGCUUGUCCCCUGGUGGUGCUGGACCAACCUCUGGCAGAGGUCAAUGGUCACACAAAGGAGCCAUCUCCAUUGCCAGCCGAGGAUGAUCUGGAUCGCCUGGCCUUUGUCUCUUACUCAUCCGGCACAACGGGAAAGCCCAAGGGCAUUGCCAACCCGCACCGCGCCCCCGUGCUUUCCUACGACUUGAGAUUUGGUGUCCAAGAUGUGCAGCCGGGAGAUCGGGUGGCGUGCAAUGUCUUCUUCAUCUGGGAGAUGCUGCGUCCGCUGCUGCGUGGUGCCACGGUCGUCGCGGUACCGGAUGAUGCCAGCUACGACCCCGCCGCGCUGGUGGAUUUGCUAGCCGCCAAGACCAUCACCGAGACGCUGAUGACCCCAACAUUAUUGACCACCGUGCUGGCACGCUAUCCGAAUAUCUCGACUCGAUUGCCCAAGCUGCGCAAUUUGUGGCUGAAUGGCGAAGUCGUCACCACAGACCUGGCUCGCAGGGCCAUCAAGGCUCUUCCCAAUACCCGUCUCCUGAACUGCUACAGUGCCUGUGAGACUCACGAAAUUGCAUGCGGUGAUAUUCGGGAGGUCAUGAACCCGGACUCACUCUAUUGCCCCGUAGGCGCAUCUUUGGAUCCCAAGCAUACAUACGUCCUCAAUGAGAGUGGAGAACAGGUCGAAGCAGGUAUCGCGGGUGAGCUCUUUAUUGGAGGAGAUCUACUCGCGCGAGGAUAUCUCAACUUGCCUGAAACCACGGCAAAGGCCUUCACCUCCAAUCCCUUUGUGUCUGACCCCAAUGCGCGCAUGUACCGGACAGGUGAUCUGGCCCGCAAGCUGCCCUCGGGCCAUCUGGAAAUCACUGGGCGUGUCGGCUCGAUGAUCAAACUUCGCGGGUACUCGGUGGUGCCAGCCAAGGUGGAAAGUGAUAUCUGCCAGUAUCUCGCUGUCAGUCACUGUGCUGUCAUCGCACAUGGCGAGGGGCUCGAGCGACAACUCGUUGCGUACUUCGUGUCGGAUAAAGAAGGCGGCGCGGGGGACAGACCCACCGUGGAGAUUAACGAGACCGGACACAGCCCGGCAGCGCGUCGCAUUCUGGAGAAGCAUCUCGCACACUACAUGAUCCCCGCGUUGUGGGUGGAAAUGAGCGAACUCCCGACUCACGAAGUGUCUGGCAAAGUCGACUUGAAGAGCCUCCCCCCACCGCGCAGCGCCAGCCCGAGCGGUAGCGAGAAGGCGAUGGACAAGGAUCCUAUCAGCCUCGGCGACGUUGCUGCCAUCUGGGCGACCGUGCUCAAGACGUCCAAGGCGUUGCUCAAGCCUGAAGACAACUUCUUCGAUCUGGGUGGUCACUCCUUGUCUCUGGCGGAUUUGGCCUCGCGGUUGUCCGCUCACUUUGGCUUCCGUGUGCCGAUUCCCCGUCUAGCUGACAACACGACUCUGGCGGGCCACUUGCAGACGGUGAGGGAUGUUCGCGAUGGCCACACAGCGGCCGUGCAGGCCGACCUGCCAGCGUUCCUGGUCGCUGAUUCCAAGCUCGAAGAGGAGAUCAAACCUUCGGCUGGUGUCUCCUUCACAUCAAUCACGGACGCAGAUACCGUGCUCUUGACUGGUGCCACCGGCUUCCUCGGGGCGUUCUUACUCAGCGAUCUGCUUGAAAGCACCACCGCAAAGAUCGUCUGUCUCGUUCGAUUCAAUGAUCCGGAAGACGAUGACCAAGCGAGUGGUGUAGCCCGUAUCCGCCGCAAUCUACUGGAUCUUGGCCUUUGGCGUGACACUCUCAUGGAGCGAGUGGAAAUUCUCCCUGGUAACCUGUCACGACCUCAUUUCGGUCUUUCCCCGGAUGCUUUCGAUGAACUCGCCGGUCGGGUUCAAGUGGUCGUUCAUGCCGCUGCUACCGUCAACCUGGUCUACCCCUAUGCGGCUCUUCGCAAAGCCAAUAUUGGCGGAACUCGCGAGAUUCUCCGCUUGGCUGCCAAGGGAGGUGCCACCGUGCAGUACGUCUCCACCAACGGCGUUCUCCCUCCGUCUGGCGAAAGCGGCUGGUCUGAACAUAGCAUGCUGGAUGUCAAGGACGUUCCCACAAAGCUCUUGGACGGCUAUGGCCAGACGAAGUGGGUUGCCGAGCAAUUGGUGCUGGAGGCCGGCAAGCGUGGUCUUCCUGUGAAGAUCCAUCGCUGCGGUACCAUCAGCGGUCACAGUCUAACAGGUUCCGCCAACGCUUGGGAUCUGCUUACCGCGCUACUGGUCGAGUCCAUUCGUCUGGGCUACGCCCCCGAGGUCGAGGGAUGGCGUGCAGAGAUGACACCGGUGGACUUUGUGAGCAAAUCCAUUAUUCAUCUCGCCACUCAGACUCAGGCGGAUGAGACUGUGUUCCAUCUGGGUGACCCCAACCCUGUCAACAUUCGGUCCGUAUUUGAAAAUCUGAACGACCUCGGGUACCCCACGAAGUCUCUUUCGUGGGAGGAGUGGGUGGCACUGUGGUAUGAGAAGCGCGGCUCCGCCAAGGGAGGAGAUGGCUCUUUCACGGUCGACAUCCUGCGCAGCGGUAUGCCGACGGUUGGAUUCCUAAAGGGUAUUGUUGUUCUCGACAAUUCGUUGACCCGACCCUUCCGCGAGGUUGUCGAACGACCCAAGGUGGACAUUCUCCUGCUGGAGACUUAUACUCGCCACUGGUUCGCCCGUGGUUGGCUGCCGCAUGCGCCUGCUCGCCAGAAUGCCCUCAACCGCCAGGCUGUACAGGCCAAGAAGGGUCCUCUCAGUGGCAAGGUGGCAGUCGUCACUGGAGCAUCCUCCGGUAUCGGUGCCGCCGUGGCCGAAGCUCUAGCGAAGAAGGGAUGCUCUGUUGCUCUGGGCGCCCGCCGUCUUGACGCUCUCGAAUCAGUCAAGCGUCAAGUCGAGGCGCAUGGAGUCAAGUGCAUCAUUCGCUCGACCGACGUCACCAGCAAGGCCCAGUCUGAAGCGCUCAUUCAAGCUGCAAAUAACGAGCUCGGUCCCGUCGACAUCCUUGUCGCCUGCGCCGGCGUGAUGUACUUUACCAUGAUGGCCAACGUUCAGACCGAGGAGUGGGAGCGAACUGUUGAUGUCAACUGCAAGGGUCUGCUCAACGCCUUGUCUUCCACCAUUCCGGGAAUGCUUUCCCGCGGCCAAGGCCACAUUGUGGCCAUUUCUUCCGAUGCGGGACGAAAGGUCUUCCCUGGUCUGGGAGUCUACUCGGCCAGUAAGUUCUUCGUCGAGGCCACUUUGCAGGCACUUCGUCUCGAGACUGCCGGUACAGGCUUGCGAGUGACCAGUAUUCAACCAGGUAAUACCUCCACCCCGUUGCUGGGCAUGUCGACCGACACCGAGGCCGUGAAGAAGUAUGGCGAACCAUCCGGCGCGAAGAUCCUGGAGCCCGCUGAUGUAGCAAAUUCGAUUGUGCACGCAUUGUGUCAACCGGAUUACGUCUCUGUCAAUGAGAUUCUCGUUGAGCCUCGUGAUGAGCCUAUUUGA